GAGUAUACCAUGCUUCAAGCUGGAGAUUGAUGUACGCGCUAUCUUCAACCAACGACAGUACGGACUCGAUCGCCUCCCGCUCAAACUUCCCAUAACAACCGAAGAGGGCUUGGGUUUCAAGACUGUUUUACUAAUGGCGACCUUCGACGAUGCAGCGCUGUCGCAAUUGACAUCUAAGAUCGAAAGCAAGCUUACUGAGUCUAAGCAACCUCACAGCAAAAAGGGUCAAGGCAAAAGGAAACUAGACGAAAGCAUAGAUUCUAUCCAAUCACCUCCCAAGAAGAAGAAGAACACAUCCGAGCCGAAAGGUCGCAAGAACGAGAAAAAGCCAAAGAAGGCUCAGAAGCCCGCUGCUGCUCCUAAAAAAGCCGAGUCGAGCACCCUUCUGGAUGAAAUCAAGGCACUCGGUGGGGAUGAGGAGGAUUUGAAGUUGGUAGAAGACGCAAACUCCGAGGACGAGGAGCUUUAUAACGGGAAGGGCAAAAAGAAUGCGGACAAGAAUCUACGUGCUGAGUUGGCCAAGUUCGCCUCUGGUCUUGGCUUUGAUGAGGUGAGACCAGAAUCUGAAUCUGAAGCUGAAGAAGCGGAUGAAGGUAUGGACGAAGUCGAUGAUACCAGUGAGGACGAGGGCGAAGACGACGACGCGUCAGUCAUAGAUGCCGACGAAAAGCCUAAACGAGAUCCGAAAAGGAAGACGAUAUUUGAACCUCGUCCUGACUGGCAUGCUGUUAGCUUGAAAACUCUGCCAACACCCUCUUCUGACGAUAUCACGCCUUAUGCAGCAGCGAUCGCUGAGUUAAAGGCUUAUGCCAAAUCAACCUUGGAUGAGGAUAGUGUCGCAUAUAAUAAGACACUGUCUGCGUCCUCAUCACACAGAUUCAUGUCUACUAUCAUGUCUUCCGGUACUAUGUCUGAUAAAGUCUCUGCCUUAACUUUAGCUAUCCAGGAAUCCCCUAUACACAAUAUCAAAGCCCUCGAGAAUCUCAUCGGCCUCUCGGCGAAAAGAAGUCGAGGGCAGGCCCUCGCUGCUCUUGCUGCUCUGGUGGACUUGUUUGGGCCGGGAAUGAUUUUACCGUCGGAUAGACGAUUGCGUCUUUUCUCUUCCCAACUGGGUCUUGUCGGGACUCUGCAGAAGUACAAUGUCAAGACCUGGUCGGCUAGCCAACAGUUGCCUGGCAAGAUCACUAAAGAACACUUAAUCUCAUGGAUUUUUGAGGACUGGCUGAAGGAGGCCUACUUCAAGAUGAUCCAAAAUCUCGAGGUCUGGUGCGAUGACGAAGUUGAGUAUGCUCGUACCAAGGCCGUUGAUCUGGCGUAUGCUUUAUUGAGAGACAAACCCGAGCAAGAAUCCAACCUUCUACGACUCCUAGUGAAUAAACUUGGCGACCGUGAGCGCAAAAUUUCUUCAAGGGCUUCCUACCUGAUCCUCCAACUCCUGAACUCUCAUCCUGGAAUGAAACAUGUGGUCAUACGAAAUAUCGAACAGGACAUCAUAUUCAGACCAGGGCAACAUAUUCGAGCCAAGUACUACGCUAUUAACACCCUAAAUCAGACUAUCCUCAGCACAAAAGAACCCCAAAUUGCGGAUUCUCUACUAAACAUAUACUUUGGACUAUUUGUCUCCUUGCUGAAAAGCGGAGAGCUUAGCCAGCUUGAUAGCAAUCCCGACGAUCCUAAAGGGGGCAAGCACAACCAUCACAAGUCCAAGCCGGCGAAGAAGCCAGACGAUAAGAAGCAAGCUGCUUCAGGUGACCGAGAAGCUGCUGAAAAGCUUGUAUCGGCGAUUCUCACUGGAGUGAACCGAGCCGUUCCAUUUUCACAAGCUGAGCAGUCUACGCUCGAGUCUCAUCUGGAUACAUUAUUCCGUAUCACACAUUCAUCUAACUUUAAUACCAGUAUCCAGGCUCUCAUGCUUAUUCAACAACUUGCAGCCAACCGACACCUUGCUACAGACAGAUUCUAUCGGACUUUGUAUGAAUCACUUUUAGACCCGCGUCUAAUUACCUCUUCUAAACAGGCCCUCUACCUCAAUCUUCUAUACCGAAGCCUGAAAGCUGAUGUGGAUGGCCGCCGCGUAAAAGCAUUCGUCAAGAGGAUGUUACAAGUUCUGAACUUGCACCAACCUUCUUUCGUCUGCGGAAUAAUGUACCUCAUAAUCGAUCUCACCGUCACAUUCCCAGACAUAAAAACAUUAAUCAACGAGCCGGAGGAACAUGACGAGGAUGAAGCAGCACCGGGUGUGGCUUCAGAUGCUCCGGCUGAGGCUCCUCCCGACGGGGCCGAAGCUGAAUCUACGAAAGUUAGUGAUGCUUACGAUGGACGGAAAAGGAACCCCGAAUAUAGCAAUGCGCAUCGCAGCUGUCUAUGGGAACUACUACCGUUCCUUAGACAUUACCAUCCUUCUGUGGAUGUUUACGCAUCGACUUUAAUGAACGGACAAAAGGCCGCUCAAAAGCCAGAAUUAGCGAAUCAUACGCUCAUAGCUUUCUUGGACAAAUUCGUGUACCGCAACGCCAAGGCCGUCGAUUCGACCAAGGGUGUAUCCAUCAUGCAGCCUGUGACCGCAACGGGCCAGGGCUCCGUCUUGUUGUCGAGCAAGGCUCCGGCUAAGACGGCAGGAAGCUCCUUGAACUCGGCGGAGUUCUGGAAUAAGAAGAGCGAGGACGUCGCCGUCGAAGACGUCUUCUUCCACGAGUACUUCGCCAGGAUAGGCAAGUCGGAACAAGCCGAGCGCAAGAAGGCGAAGAAGGCGAAGGGAGCAGAGGGCGGAGAGGACGCCGAGGAGGCUGCGGAAGACGAGAUCUGGGACGCGCUCGUGGCUUCUCGUCCGGAGGUCGAGGGUGAAUCGGAUAGCGAGCCCGACUUCGACGAUUUGAUGAGCCUUGAUGAUGACCAGGACUUGGAGAAGGAGAUGGCGGAACUGGAUGGAGAGAAUGGAUCGGAAGAUGAAGAAGAGGGAGGAGUCGAGUUCUGGGAUGACUCGGAUGACGACGAGGAGGGCGACUCGGACCACCAGGAGCCGCCUGUUGCUGAGGGAGAAGGCGAGAAUGACAAGAAACCGGAAUCGGAGCGCACGAAGAGGCGGAAGGCUCUCAAGAGCUUGCCUAUGUUCGCUUCUGCAGAUGACUACGCCGAGAUGCUCGCCCAGGACGAGGAUGAUCUAUAAGCAUGUGAUAGAAAGCCGUAAUUAUGAACAUAGGGUCAUCACAGACGUUUUCACUACGGCUAGCAAUAGACACUUGAAAAUUCAAGAUACCCGAUUUGGUAUCAAAUAUCACGAUACUGACUCGAUAU